GACCAACGUAGAAUCUCUCUUCAAAAUGCUGAUUAAGACCUUAGGAUUGGUCUUCCUGCUGAUUGGUCAGGCCUGGGGUCAGUCCAUAAGUUUUCCUGUUUACACCGUUGGAAGUAUUCUCUCGGCUCUAGCUGGUGGAGGAGGAGGCGGAGGAGGAGGAGGAGGUGGAGGAGGUGGCGGUGGAGGAGGAGGUGGCAGUUCUACUUCUUCGAAUAAUAAUAACAACAAUAACAACAAUGCUCAAGCUGAAUACGAAGCCUACCUGAGUCAGUACUAUAGCAGCCAGUUGCAGCAAUACUACGAGGCUCAGGCAGCUUAUCAAGCAUAUUUAUAUAGUCUUUACGGUCCCAAUGGACUCUUGUCGUCUACGAACACGGCGUCUACGACAACAGCAGCUCCCGUUACUACUACUACCGCAGCUACCUCCACAACAACUACAGCAGCGACAACAACUACCGUGUCGACAUCAAAUGCGAUCCCUGACACAUCAACCACCUCAACAACUACACCAGCAACUACAGCAGCAACAACAUCUACCGUGUCCACAUCCAAUGCGAUCCCUGACACAUCAACCACCUCAACAACUACACCAGCAACUACAGCAGCAACAACAUCUACCGUGUCCACAUCAAAUGCGAUCCCUGACACAUCAACCACCUCAACAACUACACCAGCAACUACAGCAGACACAACAACCACCACAACAACCACCACAACAACUACACCAGCAACUACAUUGUCCACGUCUACUGCAAUUCCUACAUCAACCGGUCCUAUAACUACCUCUAAUGCCGUCAGACGGUUCGUAAAUACCACGCCCCUUCCAUAUCCCUAUGAGUCCGGCCAAUUCAUCAAUCCUUACGAUCUACACCGCAUCCGUACCAGUCAGAAUGGUGUCAGUAGCUCCGCAGUGGCUUCAUCUGCAGCUCAGUCUGUGCCAGUGUAUAUCCCAUACGACAUUUACCACAGGGCACAACCGGCUCCUUACUUCGUUUACGGAGGAAAGAAAUGAAAGUUCAAUGGCAUGCAAAAACUUUGGAGUGUUUAAGAUAUAAGACGAUUAAUUUAUUCAAUAAA